AUGGUUGUUGCGUGGCGAGCCGUGUCUGGUCUACUUCUGCCACUAGUGCCAACUCUUGCCGUCUUUGGUAAUGCGCUCGUUAUAAUCGCCGUGUACAGAGAGAAGCGUCUUCAAACUGUCACAAAUAUGCUCAUUGUCAGUUUAGCAGUCUCGGAUUUCAUGGUUAGUAGGCCAAAACAUCAGACGGUAGCACUGUUAGGAAGGCCAGGGGGUGCUGAAAAUUCCAGGGAUCGAGGUGAUUCUCCAAGAUUCAUCGAAUGA